AUGUUUCAGGUUCGGAUGUUCCGUGACCCAUUAUUUUCCCUCUUUCUACUUAGGAUGUCUAGGCAGGGAAGAACAAUCAUCUUCUCCAUUAAUCAGCCUCAGUAUUCCAUCUUCAGACGUUUUGAUAGCCUCACCUUAGUGGCCAAAGGAAAAGUCCUGUUUCAUGGGCCUGCACAGGACGCUUUGGAGUACUUCGAAUUAGCAGGUUAUCACCAUGAGCCCCACAACAACCCUGCUGACUUCUUCCUGGAUGUUAUAAAUGGGGAUUUCUCUGCUGUGAUAUUAGGAGGGGAGGAAGAAGACCAUGAAGACAAUAAACAUAAAGAACUUUUCAAGAGAGGAAACCAAGUCACAGAAAAAUUAGCUGAGUUUUAUGCUCAGUCCUCCUUAUACGAAAAUACAAGAGCUGCUCUGGAUCAACUUUCAGGGGAACAGAGGGUGGAGAGUGUCUCAGCCUUCCAGGAGAUCACAUGUGUCACCUCCUUCUGGCAUCAGCUCAGGUGGAUUAUCUGGCGAUCAUUCAAAAACUACAAGAGUUUUCUCCGGGUCACUAUGAUUCAGGUAAUUGUCUCAGUCAUGCUGGCAAUGGUUGUGGGUAACAUUUUCCGUGUCCUAAGAAAUGAUUGUAUUGAAGUCCAAAGUAGAGCCGGCUUGCUCUAUGUGCUGACGAUCUUCCAGUGUAUCAAAAGUGAGUCCGUAAGGAGGCUCUUUGUGGUUGAGAAGAAGCGCUUUCUACAUGAGCAUACCAGUGGAUACUACAGAGAGUUACCGUAUUUCUUUGGAAAACUGAUAUCUGAGUUGGUCCCCAUGAGGUUGUUGCCAAGUAUUUUAUUUACUUUUAUAUCAUACAGCAUAGCAGGAGUGAUAACAGGGGUGAAGGGUUCCUUCACCAUGGUGUUUACUGUCCUGAUGUUGGAUUAUUCUGCCAGCUCCUUGACAUUGUCUGUAGGAACAGGAGAGAAUGCACUGACGGUACCAACACUGAUUGUGGACCUCUAUUUUCGGUUCAUGCUGUCCAGGAAUAUGGUUUCAUUUGUGUGUGUGUUGAAUUACAGAUGCACUGGUGAAGAAUUCUUGACAAUCCAGGACAUCGAUCUUUCGUCAUGGGGCUUCUGGAAGAAUCAUGUGGCCCUGGCUAUUAUAAUGAUUAUCUUCCUCACAGUUACCUAUGUGCAAUUAUUACUUCUGAAGAAAAAAAAAAACAUUUUUAAAUUCCUAUUUAAUUUUCUACAAAUUACCCUCACAUUAAAAAGGAACUCUUUUUGUGCUGUAACCUAGUUUAAAACUCCAGGGCUGUGGAGGUCUUAGAGGCUAGGAGAGAAUUUAUUACAGUUAUUUAGCUAAAGUGACUUUGCAGCAAACUGACUUCUCAAUGUUUAUGUUCCUAAGACAAAUGCUACACCCAGCCCUACCCAUAGAAGCUUCCAUUCACAAAGAACUGUGGUAAAUUCAGAGACUCAUGACUGCUCAGGGAACUGAGAAUUGACCCUUGAGUGCUCAGCCACAAAUAAGACACAUAUAUAAAGCUGGAAACAUCACAGAAGAGGGGACAGAAAGGAUUUGUAAGAGUCUGAAUGUAAGGAGAAGGGCUGCAAAAUGCUAUGCUCUGGGCAUGACCCAGCCAUUGCAGUCACGGUCUGCAGCAACUGCAGCUGCCUGCACUGGGCUGUCAUCAGUCACUUGGGUCAGAGACGGACUCU